AUGGACGUUGAAGCGAAGAGAAAAUUUUGUGGGCUUUUGAUGUUUGAUGUACCAACAGUAACUAAUAAAACAUCAAGAAACAAUGAAGUUAAUGAUAUACCGUCAACGCGGGAUGUUGACCUUUCCACAUUAAAUAAUCAAAAUUAUGAUUCUCGUAAUUCAGAUAUAUGUAAUCAGUUCAUAUCACAAGAUUGCAUCUUACGUUCUCCUGAUUUUAAUAAAUCAUCAGGUAUUGUUUUAUCUGCUGGUGCAGCAAUUGGUAAUGAUCAAAUUACAACUAAUUCAACGAAUGUUAAUAAUAUCGAUGAAACAUCUGGAAAAAUACAAAAGAGAACACCAAGACCGCCAAACGCAUUUAUUUUAUAUCGUAGAGCUAAACAACCUGCGAUCAUUGCAGCUCAUAGGCAUCUUACAAAUGCUGAAGUUUCAAGACAAAUUUCAGAUAUGUGGAAAAGUGAACCUGAAGAAGUUCGUUUAGAAUGGGAAAGAUACGCUGAUCGAAAGAAACUUGAACACAUGCAAACUUAUCCAAAUUAUGUGUAUCGUCCCAAUAAGAGCAAAACUAAAGUCGAUAAAAGACGACAACGAAAGCAGACAAAAGAUUUUUCCACCCCUUCUCCUAAUACAAAUGACAUUAAUGAUAAUUUGACUUCUACCAAUACAGAUAAUUUUUCUGGUCCAGUAAGAAGGAAAUCCACAAGGAAUGCAUCAAAUAAAACAAUAUCUGGAAAAAGCAUUGAUUCAGCAGUCUCACAAUCAACAAUGAAUAAUGGAUUCAAUAUGCAAUCAUCUUCAUCUAUCAAUAUGUCUAAUCCAAAUUCACGUAAUAAUAAUAUGCAAUCAACGCCUUCAUAUGAUAUUUCGAAUCCGGAAAUUCCUUUGUUGACAUCUCAUUUUACAGAUAACCCUGAGGAAUUCGUUAAUCCAUCUGAUCAAAUGCAUAAUGCUUCCAAUUUUCAAUUCGCUUCUAUUAAUGGAUUAACCUCUUUCCAUCAUGCUGCCAACGGAUUUCCACAUCAUCAAACGGUCGACUCGUUAGAAUAUUGCUUCGUUCCCGAUGUGGCACAACAGCAACAGCAGAUGAUAGCAGAAAUGAUGCUUCACCACGAUCAACAUCCUCAUAUCACACCUACUGGUUCCGUUUCAUCAGUUUCAUCAAACAGUUGCUCCCCAACUUCUAUACAAUAUUUACCUCAAAGCAAUGGAAACAAUAUUAGUCCUUCUAAUAAUUCUAUUGUUAGUAACACUUCAUUUGCUGAUAUGCUCGCGGGAUUCGAGUAUCCAAAUUAUAUGGGUGGUUCAGUGAAUCAUCAACACAUGGGUGAUGGUGCAUGUUCUCCAAAUCAAUACCUUCAAUGA